AGCGACACACAGAUCAGCAUCUGAGCAAUGAGGCAGCAUGUAAACCGACUGAAAGCAGUGCAAGCGGUAUAGGGUAAACAACACUCCGCCACCAUUUUACUACUGUUCAUAUGCUUUUUUAUUCAAUGGACGAACUAUUGUUUAAUCCACGAAUGAUGGCGGACAUCAACGGCAACAGUAAGAUCAUGACUGCAGAGGUGGAGGUAAAAAAGCUGCAAGAGCUCGUACGAAAAUUGGAGAGACAAAACGAACAGUUGCGAACGAGAGCAAACGCUGCGAACAACUGCACCUCCAGCUCCCGACUAUCAUCAUCACCAUCACCGGCCUGUAUCAUCGGCCCAGACACUGCUUCGUAUUACGCAGGGAAUUGCUGCAUUUCACCUCUGUCAACACUUUCGUUUGGACUGGGCAACUCAGAAGAACGCUAUCCAUAUUUACAUCCGCCGUCAGUGAGUGAUGCUGAUGUGGAUGAUGAUGGUACUGUAUUGGAUGAGGUUGAAAUUUUGAACCUUGAUGUUAUUCUUCCCUGCGAUGGAGAGUCUGAUCAUAACUGGUUAUAUGUGUCUCCAAAAGCCAAGCUGUUCCCACAUUUUCUCCUGAGCCCUCUACAGUGGUGUAGACAUGUGCUGGACAACCCCAGAGCAGAGGUGGAAUUAGCCAAACGCUCAUUGUGCUACAAACUGGACCAAGCCAAAACAUGGAGAGGGCUCCUCUCGAGCUGUGUGUCUUCAAGCCUUCUUUACAGCCAUUUGGAUGGAAUCUCAUCUGUAACCAGCUGUUCUAAACCCUUUACUAAACCUGCACUAACUGAACAAACAGUCUCUUCUGACCCAGAUUCACCCUCUCAAAACUACCAGCAGUCUGUCACCGUGAGGAACUGCUCAAGUCUAACGGAGAGAUCUCCCACAUUCCUCUAUCACACAGCUACACACAAUAAUGUUCAUCAGCCACGGCCUCUCAGUCCUCAGUCUUCCAUUGACAGUGAACUCAGCGUCUCUGAGCUGGAGGAGGACUCCAUUUCUAUGAGCUAUAAGCUUCAGGACAUGACAGAUGUGGAGGUCAUGGCUCGACUGCAGGAGGAGAGUCUACGGCAGGAAUAUGCGACCAGCGCUGCCACAGCCACUCACCAUAGCGGCAGUCUUUCUGUGCACACUGGUGCUCGUAGAGGUAUGAGAAGUGAGAUUGACCUGGAAGAAGAGGAGGAGUAUGAUCAGCUGUCGGCUCCUCAGCCGCGACUCUUCCGUACGGCUUCGAUGCAGCGCAGCACGUCUCACACACAGAACCUCUCCAGCAUGAAAGAGUGCAGACGCAGCCCCUCCACCCCUCAGCAUCUGAACAGCUUGUCCCACCAGCAGCUUCACAUAUCCAGCCACAGCUCCAGCACAGCAGAGCCCCUGAUUUACAGAGGCAACACAGACAAGUUACGGAGGAGCAUGCCAAACCUAAUUCGAGCUCCCAGCGUUCCCAGUGUACUCAGUGGACCUAAUGUUUCUGCUCUGACUGGCAACAUUGCAACAUCAUACUCGUCUUUGAUUUUACUCCGAAACAGUCAGAGUUUUGAUUCUCACAAUGGUCUAAUCAAAAUACAUUCUGCAAUUCCUUCCCCUGGACAGUUACAGCAGAGAGUUCAGAGUGUGGGUAACUUUUCAAUGACAGCACGGCCACAUCUGAAAGCCACAGCCUAUGUUAGCCCAACAAUACAGAGUGCCACCACAAUGUCUUCCUCAGUUAGCCUCAACUGUAUUCCUAGUAGUAGUAUCCCUCUGCCCAGCAAACCCAGCACCACUUCCACCACAAGUCGCAGUUCUCUACCUCGACCAGCUUCUUUUAUUGGGACAAGCAGUGCCUCACGCAGUAAAAUCGCUCAGCCUGUACGCAGGAUAAAAAUAGCUGCUCCAGCAACUGAAGUCCAGUAAAAAGACCUAAUAGUUUACUGACACCCCCAAAGAGUGUAGCUGCUCUGAGCACCCUGCGUGAUGGAAGUUGGAGGAAUGGCUGCUAUUAAACUGAGGAAAUUCUGCUGUGCCACUGAACUAAAAUGUUUCAGACCCAGCUGGCUGGGCACACUUUUUGCUUAUAGACUUACAGAAGUGGAAAUAAGAAACUAACAUAAACAUUACAGUAAUUUAAAGUGAAGUUGGAAAGUACUGUUAACAAUACAAUUGUUAAUAAUGCAAUACAAAACUACUGCAUUAUGCCUAUGUCUAAAAUCCAGAGCAUCAUGCAAGUGUUUACAUGCAAAUAAUUUCCUUAGCACAAUUUUUAACCACUGAAACCGCAAAUGAUAUUAUUGAUUAGACAGUGAAAUUAUUAAAUAAACAGUUUUGUUUCUGGGUUGAUGUUCAGAAAAGACAGUAUUGUUUCUGGGUUGAUGUUAUGAUUUAAUAAGUGUAAGUAAAAAGCUGUCCCCCAAAUAGCACUUUUACUGUUAACUUGCAUUAUUACAUUAGAAAAGCUAUAGUGCAAGAUUAUUCUACCGUUUUUGUGACGGCAUAGUUGCAUUCCAUUUUAUAAUGUUUGGUAAUUAUUUUGCAACAAGCAAAUAAAGUGAUCAGAGGUUUGAGAUUUAGAGAAUUAAGUGAACUACUGCAUUUGUUAAAGCAACUACAUUUUACAUGAAGGAUUAAACAAAGUAUAAAUUAAGGUAUAAAUUGUUGCUGUUGGGUGGAAGACAUCAUAUCUCCAUGUUUCAUGAAUUGUUUCAUUUAUCAUAAAUUGUUUCAUAAAUUAUUAAUGUUGGAGCUGCAGGUUUGGAGAUAAGGGUCCCACAGCAAAACAAUGCAGCCUUUCUAGAAUGUUUACAUGAUGCUCAUAAUAUAGAGCACUGUGGUUAAUGCAUUUGCACAUCAGUCGAACAAUUUGUUUAACUUUUUUUGAACAGGUUUACAACGGAAGGAAAGUUAAAGGCUUCUGAACUGAACUAUUUGCUUGAAAAUGUUGACGAUGUCAAUAAAAAGAAGCUGAAAUAUGGUAUUCAAGAAGUUUAUUAGACAGUAUUUGCAAGAUCAUUAUGAUGUUUAUACAUAGAUUAAUCUCACAAGAAAAAUCUUUGUGAGAUUUAACUUAGGUUCAUUGGUAUUGGAUGGUUUUCACCAAAGAUUAUCUGAAACCUUAAAUAUCAGAAAUAAGCAGUGUUUGUUGUAAACAAUUUUAUUCAAAGCAACUUAGAAUACACUUACAGAAUGGUGCUAGAAAGUGGCUUGUUUUUUAUCUGAUUUGAACUCAUAAACUUACGGUUCCCCUUCA